AUGCGCAGCCACUGUCACUCUCGGACUCGCGCUACCAUCCAGACAGCACUCGCUCGACGUUUCGUCCCUCCCAGCGCUCCACACGGGUCUCGUUCUCGUUUUGGUGUCUCAUCACAUCACCACCCCGGCAAUCGUCCUCUCCUUAUCAAUCACCCCCAGGUCUCCCCAGCCGAAGUGGCAGUCUUCCUCGCAGGACGUGCACCAUCGCCAGCAGCAGGAGCAACAAAUCCUGCCUUCUUCCCUCCGAGUCGGCAUUUCACCACAAAAACAUCAUCUAUAAUCACCGCAAUGCCUUCUUCCCCAGGAGAAGGACAGGAGGAGCGGCAGCAGGCCAUCUCCGGAGAGGAGUGGGAGGACGCCUCCCCCGCCCAAAAGAUCAAGUGGCUCCUCGGUCCUGAGGGGUCCAAAUGGGGAUGGGUGGUUUACCGAACCUGCUACAAGCCCGAGCUAGACGCCCCGUGGGAGAUGCUGCAGCGGAUCAUCGUUGCGAAUUGCAAGGACGAGGUUGGCGAUGACCCGGAGGUGCUUGACAAGAUGGAUUGGCGGUUUGUUUCCGACCCCACGACCCUCGACGGUGCGGAUCGAGAUCAACUGAGGGGGAAGUUCAAAACCUUCGUAGAGGGUGAAGACCCAGGGGUGGUGGUGGCAAAAGACGGCGGGUUGGGUACGAAAGGGUCGAGGUAUGAGGUCUUUUUGGAGGCUGAUGAACAGGCGCUGUUGAGUUGCUUGGGAAUGGAUUCAGGUAAGGGGGGUGAUUAUGGAGCGUAUGUGAACGUUGUGAGAGGGUGGGUGGACAGUCGCAUGAUGCCUCCGGAGGAUGCUAGCGCAGAGGAGAGAGAAGAGUGGGAUUUGGACGAUUGGAUGAGGAUCAGUGUGGGCAUGGUUGGGCCGGCGAGUUGGGUGGAGAUGGACAAUCCCGACAAUUGGUAUAUAUAUUGGACGAAGCCAGAGUCUGGGAGGGUGUGGGCAUCUUGA